GACCUGAGGUGAAUCGUGACACUCGAAACAGAAACACAGACGGGAGGAGCGACGCCCACCGAUCAGAUGUGGAGCUCUGAGCGUGAAAAUGUGAGCAGCUCGUGAGGCGUCAGGAUAACCAAAGCCAUUUUUUUAUAUUAUUAUUAUAAUUUAUUUCUUUUCGUUUUCGUUUCCUUUUACUUUUCUGUCCUCUUUCCCCUGAACCUCUCGCCGAGGCGCGCAGUCCUGCUGGAUGUGCGCAACAGAGGAUGAGCGGCACCGCGGGCGCCGAACGCGCAACUCCGAACCUGGAGAGUACUUUUCUCUUCAAUUGCAGCCUGAGCGCGUCCUGAAACUCGACACCGAGGAAGCUGGUCAGCGCGGAACCUGUUGUUCAGUUCGGGGUUUUUUGUGGGGUUUUUUCUCUCUUUCUCCUCUUCUACAAAAAAAAAGUAUAUGGUUAAAAAGAAUCGCAAUAAACUCAUCUGUACGUCUGAUCUUUAUUUAUUUUAUUUAUUUAUUUUUUGUUUCCACUCCAUGAAAAUCUCCAUUUGAACAUUUUCUCCACUUGCUGCUCUCCUCCGGGCUGAGAGCGACUCGCGUCGUUUGGAGGAGUCAGCACAUUUGGGAUGAGGAUGAGGAUGAGGAUGCUCUCUGGAAGAGGGGAAGAUUCGAGGAUUUCAUGCAGAGUCAACUGAUCCCCCCACCCCGUCCCCUCAGCAGCGGGGAGAAUGGUUAGGGGGAACGUGUUGCGUUCAGGGUAAAGAAAACAACAACUUAAAGCCAAGAGGGGAAAAAAUGCCAAGUUUUAAGACAUUUUUAUUCAGAUCACAGACUCAGCAAGAGAGGAAACACGGAAAAAACAAAAGGAAAUAGAAACAAAUUUCAGCGCUGUUUUUUCUUUUUAUUUGUUGAUUUAUUUUUUUAGUUGGACACGUUUUUAAGGAUCCACAAAGCUUGUUGCGGGAGGACAGAGCGACCAACAGGCGAUCCGAGAAAAGCAGCUUGUUGAUGGCACUGCGCACCGGCAGGACUUGGUUCGGGCAGGUCUUGCGCAGGGUCUCUCGUCUCCAGGGCUCUUGGUCCAGGCGAUCCAGCAGUCUGCUGUGUCUCUCCGCGAACCAGGAGCAGGAUCAGGGGCUCUGCCACCGGGACCACUACAAGGCGGGGGACUUCGGCGCCCCCCGUCCCCACGGCGGGCGCUGCCCACGCGGCUUCCCCUACGCCUGCUGCGCCUUGCCGGGUCACCCGAGGGGACAUGAGACCCUCGGCCGCCGCUUCCUGUCGGCCAUGAAGCGGCAAAACGUGCGGACCCUGUCGCUCAUCGUCUGCACGUUCACGUACCUGCUGGUGGGGGCCGCCGUGUUCGACGCCCUGGAGUCCGAGUUCGAGAUGCGCGAGAAGGAGCAGCUGGAGGCCGAGGAGAAGCGGCUGCAGGGGAAGUACAACAUCAGCGAGGACGAUUACCGCAAGCUGGAGAGCAUCAUCAUGGAGGCCGAGCCGCACCGGGCCGGGGUGCAGUGGAAAUUUGCGGGCUCUUUUUACUUUGCCAUCACGGUCAUCACCACCAUAGGCUAUGGGCAUGCAGCGCCUGGGACCGAUGCGGGGAAGGCCUUCUGCAUGUUUUACGCUGUCCUCGGAAUCCCUUUGACUCUCGUCAUGUUCCAGAGCCUGGGCGAGAGGAUGAACACGUUCGUCAAGUACCUCCUGAAACGCAUCAAGAAGUGCUGCGGAAUGCGCAUCACGGAUGUGUCCAUGGAGAACAUGGUGACGGUGGGAUUUUUCUCCUGCAUUGGCACGCUGUGCAUCGGCGCCGCCGCGUUCUCCCACUACGAGGACUGGAGUUUCUUCCAGUCGUACUAUUACUGUUUCAUCACGCUAACAACAAUAGGCUUCGGAGACUUUGUGGCCCUUCAAAAGAACCGGGCCCUCCAGAAGAAGCCCCUGUAUGUGGCCUUUAGCUUCAUGUACAUCCUGGUGGGCCUGACGGUCAUCGGAGCGUUCCUCAACCUGGUGGUUCUCCGCUUCCUGACUAUGAACAGUGAGGAUGAGCGGCGGGACGCCGAGGAACGUGCCUCUCUUGCCGGCAACCGCAACAGCAUGAUCAUCCACAUCCAGGACGAGUCGCUGCAGAGGAGCCGGCGGCGACGGGAGCCGUACAGGACGGAGAUGAAGGACCUGCAGUCGGUGUGCCCGUGCAUGCACUACCGUUUGCACGACUACGGCAGCUCUGGCGGCGGGAUCGGAGGCCUGGGUUGUGCCUUUUCGCAUCAGAACUCCUUCGGCUCGCAGCUGAACCCCAGUCAGUACUUUCGGUCGGUCUCCUACAGGAUCGAGGAGAUCUCGCCCAGCACCUUGAAGAACAGCCUCCUCCCGUCGCCCGUCAGUUCAGUUUCUCCCGGCCUUCACAGCUUCACGGACAAUCACCAGCUCAUGAGGAGGAGGAAAUCCAUCUGAGACUCGGCGCUCAUCGGACCAGUGGACACAUUUUAUACACAAGGUCAAACAUUUUCAAUGCUGCUCUUCACCAAGAUUUUUACUUUAGCACCUUUUACCUCCCUCCGCCCCCCAACUUCCACGAGUUUGGUUGUACGUACUUCUCUGUGAACGGCUAAGAAAGACUGGGUGGAACUGCAGGACUGGACCCGAACAGGAUGCAAAGCAUGAAGCAUGGAUGUCUAUUUUUUCAAGAGUUGCUUAAUUUAAAGAGACACGAGACAAACUACAACACCUUACUGAUUACAGAUUUACACAAUAAAACGAAUACAUGAACUUUGGUUACGUACUUAAUGGAUGCACACUGGGAGAAAUGCUAUUUUUCAAAGGGAGUUUGCUUGUUUCACUUUAACUUAAAGAGAUAUUUCUUAUGUGUUAUCCCAUUGCCUCGCUGCAGACAGAAUGAUCUAAAGCAUCAGGUGUUAUUUUCUAUAAGCAAUCAUUUACUCUAAUGGUUUCACCUCACGUUAAACCAAAAUAUUGUUGCCAAUAUUAGCAUGACUUGGAUGUCAUUUACUUAAUAGUGUGCCAUGGGUUCGUGACCUUCUUUAGUCUUUUUUUCUCCAUGGUUUCUGUGUAAGUGUCUUUUGUGUGUUAAUCAAAGGAUCAUACUGCUGGUAUUGAUACUUCCUGCUGAUCUACAAACACUGGGUUGGAACUCAAUAGCUUUAACUUCACCUGUAGCCUUUUCACGUACAUAGUGACCUAAAGGGAACCACAACAUUACGACAGUUUUCUAGUUUCUUCCUAUCAGAACAGUUGAUUUUAUUAUUAUUAUUAUUAUUUCACAGACAUUCAUAACAUCUUACUUAAUAUUUAGUACCACUAUGGCUAUUCAGAUCUUGGCAGGUUCUCAUCUUGAAUGCAUCGGUUGGCAUGAUGUACUCCCACUUCCAGUCAAAGUCCAAAAACAUGCAUGUUGGUUUAGUUGAGCUCAAAUUAAUAGCCAAGUGUGAGUUGGAGGCUUUAUUGAAUGUUUGUCAUGGGGACCCAUAAAACUAGAAAAACUUCUGAAUUAAAAACAACCCAAUUUAGAUUCUUUAUCCCCAAACAAUUUCCUCAUAGAUCAACUAUGGAUCAAUUCAGGUCUGAUCUGAGUUCACACCACAGCGACAAAUUAUGGAUUUGAUCCAUCAAGCCGGGUUAGGUUGUCAACUCAACUCACAAAUGUCCAAUGUGUGGGCUGGCAGAGAGCAGAUUGGAAACAAUGUCAUGUUUUGAACUUCCAACAAGCUUGAGGUCAAUUUACCUUUUCAUCAAUUUCAACCUGCAUUUGUGCUUGUAACACUCGUUAUACCACCAUGCCUAACAUUUUGUCAUUUCGGUAGUUUCUACAUGUACAUGUUUAUUUCUGUUGCUUUUGGUUGGAUAUUUUGUUAUACACGUAAAAAUGGGGGUGGGGAGCAAAUGUUUCUAAAGUGGAUCCAGAUUUUUCCAUUUGUUCUUACUGAAGAAGCAUAAAAUAUUAACUGCCACAAACUCUCUUCCAAAAUCUCAUUGGCAGACAGCAGCAGUUCAUACAUUAAAACCUGUGUAUGAAAUGACCCAAACUGGAAAGGUUUGUAAAGGAGCAAAUCAACCAGCUCGACGUCUUGGCAGUUCAACGUUUAAUGAGACUUUUAUUGACAAUCAGUUCAAUUUGGGUCACAAAGUUAAUACACUGUAUGGAAUAUUUUAUAGAAUAUCGCCUUUCUAUUUCGGCUUUACGGCCAAUUCUUUGGCCAAUCUUGAACUUAGCGACCACUAGCUUGUGCUACCAACGUAGCUAGUUAAAGCUAAAAAAGUCUUAAGUGAACAAAUUUGCCUUCCAGGUUGAAGCAUCGCCUUUCUUUUUUGACUUUUCAACCAGUUCUUUGGUCAAGGUGUCAAUCUUGAAAACUCGCUAGCACCAGCUCCAGCUAGCUACUUAGCUAGCGGAGGCUAAUGAAAUCUUAAGUGUGAAGUAUUGCCUUUCUAUUUAGGUUUUACAGCCAAUUCUUUGGCCACUGUGUGAGUUUUGAACCUAGCUUGCACUAGUUUGUGCUAGCUACUUCGCUAGUGGAGGCUAAUAAAGUGUGAAGGGAGGAAACUUGUUCACUAGUGUGAACUAAAGCCAUGAACUCUACACACUGACAGGAAAGACAUUGUGAAGCAGGUCUGUCAUGUCUUAUUUCAGCCCGAUGAACGGGUCCAAUCAGAGCAGUCAGGAUGUGAUUUUAUGUUCAUCCUGGCAGUCUGAAGAAUGGUUUCAUAUUAAACCAGAGGUUUUGUUAUAACUACUUAGAUUGCCAAACGGCAUCAAUUCAGCAUUUUAGUGAAAGUAAUAUCCCAGCAGUUUUUUUGUUUUUAAAGAUUAAGUGGGUACGGAGAAUAAAUAAAUGCCUUAGGAUGGUCGACGUGUCACGAUAGACUGAGCUUUUUUUCCCCAGGUGUAUGUUUCAGCCUCAACUAAAUCUUACCUUCAUUUACUGCGUUUCCAUCCAGCUGUAGAGCAAAUCAAUUUGAAACCUUUCCGUCUGCUCUCAUGCUAAUGAUAUCCAUUUAGGAGAACAAAAUAAAUAAGAAAGGCAACCCGAGCGACAGCGAGAGCCGCUUUGCAAGAACACAACUUUCCAAAAAGAGCAAAUGAUGCCAACCUUUUCUGAUGCACAGUUCUAUAAUGCCCACAUAAAAACUGAAAACAGAACUGAACUGCAAAAAAUCAUCCUGAGCCACAUUUUUGUCUAAAAACAUUCUGUAGCGAUGAAUGUCAUAAAAAGGAAAGGAUUUUAAUUAUGCAUUUACUUUUUUAUUUAUUAUUUUUUUCUCCCUCCCAGCGUGCCAGCACUACAGUACAAAUAACAGAAAUUGUUUUAAAGGUCCAAUAUUAUGUAGAAUCGACUUUUUUGAGCCUUACAUCAUGUUGCAAAGUUGUUGCCUCAUCAAAAAUGAACCUGGAGUUUUGCUUUGAUUCUUUCAUGAUUGUUUUAGAAAUCUCCCAUGGCAACCAUCCACCUGUGCAAAAUGCCUGGGUGGACAUUGCUCCGGCGCAGUUCCUCUUCAGAACUGCAAAUUCCAAGGUUCAGAGCUUCUGCCUCACUCCUGGCUCUCAGACUAGCUCCUUCAGACUAGCCAGCAGCAAUUAGCAAACACCUGGUGAAUCUGGGCAUCUGCUGAGCUCAUUAUAGGAACUGCUGCUCAGAGCAACGCUGGUAAAAACGUUGGUAAAGUGUUAAUAGAGGAGAAAUUAGCAGUUUUUAAAGAGACAGAGACCCAAUUUCAAGUCAUUAAAAAGGCCAGAUUUGAUAUAUACAACAUUUUUAUAUCCACUGAUUGUGCUAUACAGUGGCACUAUGGCUGGAAAACUCAUUUUACUGCCCCUUUAAAGGCAUUCUUGGAUUGAUGUGGUGUGAUAUUUAAUCUGUCGAAUUUGGGGGAAAAAAGGAGUUAAAACAAUAUCAUUCAGGAUGGUAAGCUGAAUGUGUAAUCUGCUUGCCAGAACUGUAGGUUCGAGAUGUUGUUUGAAAAGGUGAUUACUACAAAUUUGAAAAACACUUUUUUCAAUUUUUUUUCAGAAUCAAAAAAAAAAAAAAAUUACUGAUUGCAGCAAGUGACUUGAUUUUUGAAGGUAGUUUUUUGGGGGGAGAGGGUUUAUGCAUAGGUUUUUAUUAUUUUUUUUCACAUUUUUAACCAUCCGUCAUCCACAACCGCCCGACGUCCCACCGCCUCGGGUGCAAUAUCUACCACCGGUUGCCUUUAUUUGACAUUUUGCUAGGCAGAAAUUGGAGCGGAGCGUGAAGGAGAAGAUGUGCAGAAAACAAACCAAGCCUGAAAAAGCUCCACAGAGCUGAUGUGGUGCAGCGCCCCGUCAAACAGAGACACACGACCCACUCCACAGGCACGGAGAGCAUCUGCUCUCUACCUGGAAGAAUGGAGAGACGUGUUCUCGUGGAAAACACUGGUGUCCUUCUGUUUUCCAACUUGUUUUUGAGAUCCCAUGUGGGCAGUGUCUCCUACAAACUAGCCAAGGUUAAGAAGUCAUGGUUGAUAUAAAAAAGCCUAAGUUUCUGGAAAAUUCUGAGCUGCGUGUGGCCAGAGCAAACUUUACGCUUGACUCUCCCGUUUUCCAUCCGAAGCGAAGAAGUUGGCUCUCAGUGGCUGCGUUUCCGUCCCAAAUGUGGUCAGAACAAAGUCGAUAUGCAGCCGUCGUCGGAAAAACACAAUUUUGGAAUUGCGAUAUUUUAUAUGGAUAUUUUCAAUAAUUGAGAAAUUAACACGUGAGUACGUUUGUUCACAUGACAAGCCAUUAAAAAACACGCCGCUCUUCAUCCGCCUUCUACUUACUGUAUUGUCUUCUUCUUCUUUGUGGUUUGUGCCAGUGACAACAUCUGGCUGUUGAUCAUGUGACUCGUGUGAUGUAAUACAAGUAUGUCCAUCGCAGUUUUGCAAAACAAACCAACCACCUCAUCUUGCAAAAACCCUCUUUUUUUCCCAUCAAAAAAUUUUAGUUUUUUUCAAAAUUGCCGUGUUUCCAUUAAACAAAUUUAUAAUCGUUACUUCAGUUUCUGCAACUGGGGCAUUUUGUUUGAUACUUUGCAUAAACUACUCCGCAUGAGAGAUGAAUACUUUUGAUGAAGGUUUAUCAGGCACGGUGAGGUAUUAUGUACUUUUGCACGAUUAGCCACAAAACACCUCAAAAGAUUGUCAAAAAACUGCAAAUCUUCCGGAUGAUAAUGAAGUUCUCAUCUUCUAGCAUGCUGUCUGCAGAAGCCCAUGGUUCCCUCUCCUUUGCCGUUUUGUCUCCCAGAUGCGUAUGGCGUGGCCUAUGGUGGUCUGCAAAAGUUAGGUCCGAUUCCAAAGUUCUUUGACCAUGUGACUGUCCAGCUUCGGAUAUUCUAAUUCUCACUACUCCAAAAAUAAAAAUGCAUAAAAAUCCAUGCCACUCAUUUUUUGACCAAUGGUUGUAUCGCCCAGAUCUAAAAUAUUUCACUUGGUGUUUAUUUUUGGAAAAUGUCCCAUAUUUUCUGUUUGUCUACUUGAAAGAAUGAAAAAAUAAAAAUCUGGGAUUUUGGGGCAGAAAGGUAAAAAUUGUAUAUUCAAUGAAAUGAUGCCUUGACGGCUAAAGUUACAUUUCAACUAAUUAAGGUUGGUGAAGGAAUAAAACAAUGAAAUAAAGCUUUAUGUUCAUCUCAUCAUUGAGCACAAAACUAAAGAAAAAUUCCUUAACAUCAUUUACGUUUUUGAUUUUCAGUAAGAUUUUCAGUAAGGUGCAAGGAUUAGAAAAAAAUAUGAAACUGUCUCAUAAAACGUGAAGUGAGUCUUUUAAGGAAAUCUGGAGAAACUACUGGCCUUUCAAAACCUUUUCUGCCAUCAAUCAGCUCAGCUAUUCUGCCUUUAGUGUGUUAACACGUGUUUUUGUUUUUUACAUUUCUACUUCGAUGAAUUAGCAGGUCCAUUACAGCCACUAAAAAUGUCAACCGAAUGUAUCAAAUUGUCAUAAUCUGAAAUGAUCAGUUCAAUCAGACCGAUAGGAGUUAAGUGUGUAUUUAAGAUGUCAUUUGCUUUCAAUUUACUUCAGAAAAACUACUCCAAGUUGAAUUCUAGGGGAAUAUAUCAGCCAUAAUAAAUCUGUGUUGUUGUUUUUUAACAAAGGAAACAAAUGGCCUCUUUAUGAUGUAGAUUGUUUUUCCGUCCCUCCCACAUGGCUGCGCAUUACUCAGAUCGGUCAGCCAUCAUGCCACAUGUCACACCGAUGCUCCUCCACUGAAUGUUACUCUCCAGCGCAGAUGGGGAAGAGAGGAACGCCGGCAUGCGCCGGUCGCUCCCAACAAACUGCCUCGUGUCCUUUGCCACGUGGCGUCAAGCAGCGUCAAGGUUCCCGCCAGUUUUACUGUCUUAACGCUUCACUUCGUCAUUUUGCCGCCUCUGGAGACGUCGCUCUGUCAGCAGCGACGUGUUGUCUGAUGACAGGGACAAAGAGACACAGAUUGCACGACAACCUAGACGACACAAGACAACGGGGAAGGCGGCCUCCGUCGAUGCAGUUUGUGUUUCUUGUACGUCGCCGUUGGUCGUUAUUCCGCUCAGGAUGUUGCGUGUCAUCCCCCCUUUUUUUGUUUUUAAUUCCAAUCCUUGUUUAACAAUAAGUUUUUUUAAUUCUCUGUCACAAUCUUGAAACUGAUGUCUGUACAGAUUCACUCCAAUAUCAGUUGCCUCUCUUCUCAAGACAAACAUGGAGAUUGUUGAGAUUCUAUUGAAGUAAAAUGAAUAUUUUACAAAUCUUUUAUUUAUUUUUUUCCCUCCCUUCGUUUGCUUUUCUGUUCCUUCUCUUUCUCGUCGAGUGUGUGUGUGUGUGUGUGUGUGUGUGUGUGUGUGUGUGUGCAUGAUUUGAUGUGGGUGACUCACUGGGUUGACUGGCCCAGGUGAUGCUAUAACACACUUGAAUAAAAUAAUGAGCCUCCUUCUGAAUCCCUCUGUCUUGUUGUUGUAAAUGACUCACGGCGGAUCGUUGCGAGGAGCGAGCGCUCGCUUUUUUAAAAAUUAAA